CGUCAAUUCAGCACUGGGAAGGAGACAGCUCCCUCCCCACCCCCUUCCUCCCCCCUAAAAAACCCAGCGCGCCUCACGUUGCAUGGGUCCCCGGUUAUUGAUAACACCGUUUACCCGCUGGGAUCCGUCCCAGUAACGUGGAACAACUCGUGGAAAAUAGUCGCUGGGAACCGGAGAGGCUUGCCCGGAACGGAGGAAAACAACAACCAGCUCACUGAGGCGGACAAAUACAAAGCCGAGCCCACCCUCUCACUUGACAACGCGACAUCAACCCAGGCAAGAAAGGCUUUUAUUCUCACCUCUUCCUCCUCCAUCCUCCCUAACCUGCAGUGUUGGGGAAACCCCUGAUGAGUGGGACCUGUAUCCAUGAGCCCCGCGCCCCUUCCCCUUCCCUGUCAGGCUUCAGCACCCCCAUCUCAGAACCCCCCUAUCGGAGACUCGAUGGAGACACCCCUGCCUGCACCCCCGAGACGGACCUGACCCCCACACAGUGUGUGCUUCGUAACGUACUGUCCAUUGAACCCACCGUGCACGGGGCGCCAGGCGGCAGCAGCCCGAGCCCCAGCGAUGGAUGCACAGCCCACUUCGACAACAGCGUGCUAAAACUCCAUGAACAUGAGGCCUGUCAGUGUGGCGGCAGCGGCGGGGCCGAGGCGGGCCACAGUCCGGAGGCCGGAGCCGUCCGGAGCCAGUCGGAGAACAAUAGGCUCCAGUCAGGCAGUGGAGGAUUUUUGGAGGGACUAUUUGGCUGCCUGAAACCAGUCUGGACCAUGAUUGGAAAAGCCUACUCCACUGAACACAAACAUAACCAGGAAGAGUCCUGGGAGGUUCCUUUUGAGGAAAUUUCUGACCUGCAGUGGGUGGGCAGCGGGGCGCAGGGGGCCGUCUUCCUCGGGAAGCUGCACGGAGAAGAAGUGGCUGUAAAGAAAGUGCGGGACAUAAAAGAGACCGAGAUCAAACACCUGCGCAAACUCAAGCACCCAAAUAUCAUCACUUUCAAAGGUGUGUGCACCCAGGCUCCGUGUUAUUGUAUCCUGAUGGAGUACUGUGCUCAAGGCCAGCUGUAUGAGGUGCUGAGAGCGGGCCGUAAAAUCACCCCCUCCCUCCUGGUUGACUGGUCCAUGGGCAUCGCAGGCGGCAUGAACUACUUACACCUCCACAAAAUCAUCCACCGAGACCUCAAAUCUCCGAACAUGCUGAUCACACAUGACGACAUGGUGAAGAUUUCUGACUUUGGCACCUCGAAGGAGCUCAGUGACAAGAGCACCAAGAUGUCAUUCGCCGGCACUGUAGCCUGGAUGGCUCCUGAAGUCAUUCGGAACGAACCAGUGUCAGAAAAAGUGGAUAUUUGGUCCUUCGGAGUGGUGCUGUGGGAGAUGCUAACUGGGGAGAUUCCCUACAAAGAUGUUGACUCUUCUGCCAUCAUCUGGGGCGUGGGAAACAACAGCCUGCAGCUGCCUGUCCCUGAGAGCUGCCCUGACGGCUUCAAGAUCCUCCUCAGACAGUGCUGGAACUGUAAGCCCAGAAAUAGGCCCUCUUUCCGACAGAUCCUCCUUCAUCUGGAUAUAGCCUCAGCUGAUGUUCUCUCCACCCCACAGGAAACAUACUUUAGGUCUCAGGCUGAAUGGAGAGAGGAGGUGAAACAGCACUUUGAGAAGAUUAAAUCCGAGGGCACUUGUCUUCAUCGGCUCGACGAGGAACUGAUUAACCGCCGCAGGGAGGAGCUCAGGCAUGCUUUGGACAUUCGUGAACACUAUGAGAGGAAACUAGAGAGGGCCAAUAACCUUUACAUGGAGCUCAGUGCUGUGAUGCUGCAGCUGGAGCUUAAAGAGAAAGAAUUGCAGAGGAGAGAGCAGUCUUUGGAUAAAAAGUAUCCGGGUUUGUUCAAGCACCACAGCUCGCGACAGAGCAGCUCUUCCAACUCCAUGGACAAGCUCAUCAAAAAAAGAAAUGUCCCACAGAAACUGCCCUCCGGAAAGAGACCAGACAUCCUGAAGUCUGAGGUAAUCCUUCCCAAAAUGGAUUCCUCUGUGAUGCAAGUCACGAUCCCCGCCUGCCCCAACAGGAGCUCCACUUCUCCCAGCCGGUGUCGGAGAGUAAAAACCCGCCAUCGCAAGUCCGGUAAGGGCAGCAGCGGGGAUCUAGCUGGUCUCAAAGCAAACCAGUCCUCCUCCAACAGGGAGACGUCAGCGCAGGCUAACAACACCGCCACCACCAACAACCCCAAGCAGCUCCUGGAGCCGGCGGCGGCCCUGCGAGGUCUCAGCCACGAGCAGCAGCAGAGGCAGCUGUCCUCCUCCAGCCCAGACCUCAUCUGCACCACGCUGGAGGCGGAGGGCCAGAGGAAAAGGGAGCCCACGGCCAGCGGACUGGAGAGAGGGGGCAGCCUCAGCGCCUCAGCUGGGUUAGGGGGGUCAGAGGGCGGGGUUGGGGGGCUGGAUGACCUCACAGAAACGCCUCCACGCAGCGACACUCCCAGCGAGGACGCCGCGUCGUUCCCGUUCUCCAGCAGCCCAGAUUCGCCAUGUGGGAGAGGGGCAGCUGGAAGAGGAUCGCUGGGAUCUCCUCGUCUUCCUCAUGACGGCGACGACAAGGAUGAAGGAGCCAGCGCCGUGAGGAUACCUCGGGGGGCUUCCGGGGGGAUCGGGACUCAGCACCUGACACCUUCAGCCAUUUUGUACAGGGCAGCUAUCACACGCAAGCAGAGGCGUGGGGUGUCAUCCGAAGAGGAGGAGGGUGAAGUUGACAGUGAGGUUGAGUUGCCACGGAGACGCCGUCCGACCAGCAUCACCAAGUGCCAGUCGGUUUCCACCUUCAGCUCAGAAAACCUCUCGGUGUCAGACGGCGAGGAGGGCCACACCACUGACCACUCUCACAGCGGCACGCCCGACGUCGUCAGCACGAACACGGACGACAGGUUGGAUGACCGCAGCGAUGACCUCCUCUCCCAGGGGUCAGAGAUCCCGGCAGACAACACCGAUCCUGCACAAGCGUCUGACGGCCUGUCGGAAAGGGAUGGCGCUCCGGGCCAGAGCAAAGCUCAGCUGGACACAGGGCAGAAUCCUAAUGAGAACCGGGCCUUGUGUGAUGAUUCUGACUGCGACAGCGCCGAGCUGGACCAGUCAGGCAGCGGAGAGCCCAGUCGGCCUCCCAGUGCCGGAGCGUGGGUGUCGCCAUCCCAACCCUAUCAAGGGUCUCCACAGACGCCCCACACAGGACAUCCUCCAUAGAUCACCACGUGCAAAACAAAGACCUCCGGCCACCCUACUAUGAGCAACCAUCACAGGCGCACACCAACCUCUCAGUGCAGUACAUUACUGUUGCCAUGAAGAACCACACCUACAACGACACUCAGACAAUGACAAGUAGCUUAUGGUGUCUCAUAAGUUUGUUGGUGGGUAAACCUGUAUCAGAUGACAUAGGUCGUUUGGCGUAAACACGACAAAUAUAAUCAGAUACUGUAUUUUGGCAGCUUGUGACAUCAGUUAAAUGUCAUUUACGUUAAGUAGGGUUGUUUUUAGGAAACAUAGUUACCACGUUAACCUUAGGCACUACGCCAGUUCAGCAAAAACCCAUUAUUAGAUGUGCACGCAUGCACAAGAAGAUACUACACUCUUUAAAGUAGUCCUUAAAACACUUUAACCCUCACUCUGGGAGCAUUAUCCAUGACUCUCCACACUCUAAUGCAUCAAAUACUAAUGAGAAAUAAUGUAAAUAUACAGUAAGAACCACAAGAAAUGUCUAACUUUAUUUUAUAUGUAAGAUAAAAUGUAAGAUUAAACUGUAUGCAGCCCUGUGAACAAAUGCAUGACUACAUUUAUGGUUUAUGGUUAUGGUUUAUUUAUGGUUUGAAUGUGUCUGUUUUCUAUUUUGUGAAAGUUUACACUUUUUUAAUCCUGAAAGUCUUACUUUAGUUAUCUACUUUUUGUUUAAUAAAUGUCGGCAUCACAAAAGAAAAAAAAAAAAACCCAAAACGACAAAUGAAACCAUCAUAAAAACACUUUAACAGGGAAUUCAGUAGGUGAUACAUUAUUUCUGAACUCUUACUGAGUUUUAAACUAACGACAUGCAUAUGGUUUUUAUUGGGUUUAGUAAAUCAGCAACAAAAAGGAAGAUUUUAGGGUUCACUCAAAAUGCACCUGUACCAUUUUCAACUUGACGUUGUUAUAGAAACAUAAAAUGUCUGCACAGAAUCUUGUGUUUUUGAUUUCCCCAAGUCUGAUUCAAAGUGUGCUAAAUUACAAAAAAAAUGACGGUAUAUUAUUGCUUUAAAACAUUUUAGGAAGGGCAGACAUAUCUUCCUUUUUCCACCAAUUUUUCAAAGUUAUUAAUCCCAAUGCACCUGUGCUAGCUGCUAAUGCUGACUUAGGUUUAUUGGUCCUGCUGAUCUGAGGAACCAGGCCUAAACCGUCUUACGACUACACUUUGUCCUUGGUGACCAUCAUCACAUUUAUAAAGAUAAAAUGAUUAUUUUUUAUUUCAACUUCACCAACUUUUCUCACUUGUAAAAUCUGGCACUGAUUUUGCAAAACGCUUGGUGCUAGCUGCUAAUGCUAAGUGAUUUUUCUUAUUUUUUUAACUAAAGACCAUAAACGUUUUAAUUUUGCGCUUUGUCCUUCCCGAUAACAUUCUCAAGCGAAAGCGGAUUUGUUGAAGCAGGAACAUAUGUUUUUAAGUUUUGCCAAUUUUUACUUGUAAACAUUUGGCUCUAAAGUUUAUUUCAAUGCAAACUGAACCAUUUCUUAACGCUAACUGUUUGUUCUAAUGAACUAACAAUUUAAACCUUUUAUUACAGCGCCUUGUCCUUACUUAUAUCACAACUGACAACUUAAUUUGUUUAGGCAAGGCCAUUUUUUUUUUCUUUUUCAUUUUUACCAAUUCUUAUCUCCUGUAAAACUUUGGCGCUAAUAUGUAUUACAAUGCACACUAUGCUAGCUGCUAAUGAUAACUAAAGUCUUUUGGGCCUGCUGACCCAAAAGUCUGAAACAAACUAAAGAACUUAAACCUUUUCCACACUGCACUUUGUCCUUGUUGACCAAUAUCACAAAAGAAUCGAUUUUGAUCAAGCAAGAUUUUUUUUUUAAUCAAUUUUACCUCAUUUGUAAAAAUUCACCAUUAAUAACAUUAAUAACUGCUAAUGCUAACUGAAGUUGUUUAGUGUUGAACAGCCUUAGUUAGUCUUAAGCAGCUGCAAAGUUGUAACAUAGUUAAACACACACUGCUUCUAAUGCCAUAUGUUCUCCACUUUUGACCUCCUGCAGACUUAUUCACAAGAGGCAAAGUUUAGUUUUAACCUUACUAGAUCAUGUUGCUGAAAUUAAAUCCUGUGCAGCCAGUUCUUAAGAUAUGAAGAACCCAGUGAACUGUUACUGAAGCUACACAAAGCUCAAUAGAACAUUUUGGCUUUUUUUUAUUUCAUGCAACUACAGGGUUAGCAAAGGGCUUAUCACCUUGGUAGGGUGCACAAACACUUCCAAGUUUGAAAGUUUCCCUUUAUGUUGACGUUCCAUGAAAGAAGCAUUGAAAGAAGUCAGUUGUUGAAUCUUAAUAUUAAUCGACGUGUAAAUUAGGAGGUGAUCUUUUUUUUUUUGUAAUGAACCAAAAGGCCUCCUUGGACUUCAUGAUGUUUGCAGGCCUCUUAGAAACCUCAACCUUUCCUUUGACCCUUUAAGGCGACUGCAGGAGUAGCUGAAUAAAUAAUAGAGCACUUCUCCAUGGUGGUUUCUAGAAAACUAAGUAUCCGUUGGGUUUAAGUAUCUAUUUUGUUUUUAUACAGCAUUGCACAUUGUACCAGUACCAUAGAAAUUAUAUCAAAAGCAGAAUAUAAUGAGCAAGAGUAAAUAACGUAUUGGUUAAAAACAAAUGUGUGAACUUUAAAAAUAAGGGGCCAUGUUAUGGCUGCAGUUUAUUCUGUUGCUGUGUCACGUGAGACAGCUGAAUGAGAAAUAAAUUAUUUUCAAUGACUUUAA